AUGGCAGGCGGAUUCUGGUGGCUGCUUCUUCUCAGCUUUAUUAUUGCAUCUACGUCAAUUGGUGCUGGUAUUCUCCCCCUCGCCCUUUCGCUCUCACGAAGAAGAAUUCAAGCCAUCUCUAGCUUUGGAAUGGGACUUCUUGUCGGGACUUCCCUCAUCGUAAUCAUCCCGGAAGGUGUCUCAACGCUCUACAGUGCUUACGCUGAACCCGAGUCCCACCACACCGCAAACACCAAUACUAUCCGAUCCCUCUUAUCACAUCGGGAUGACGGCGCGCAUGGUCACGAUGAAACUGAACACCAUGAUGCAUCUCCCGAACGAUACGUCGGGCUAGCUCUCGUCGUCGGCUUCGUUUUUAUGUAUCUGAUUCAUCUCCUCUCCGUCUGGUCAACCCAUACCAACGAACGAGCCUAUUCUACCUUCUCAAUGAACAAUCUCCGAUCAUUCAGUUCACCGGAAUCUACCGAAACACCACUUUCCUCCAGUCGUUCCUUCUCGACAACACUCGGUCUCCUAAUUCAUGCAACAGCUGAUGGAAUUGCUCUUGGCGCCACUGCCAACUCUUCGAAACCGUCGCUUGGGCUCAUAGUUUUCUUUGCGAUCAUGCUACACAAGGCUCCUGCAGCAUUUGGACUGGUUGCUAUACUGUUGAAGCAAGGACUUAGCAAGCGGCAGGCCCGCACUCAUCUCAUAGCAUUCAGUCUGGCAGCUCCGGUUGGCGCCUUUGGAACCUGGCUCAUAAUAUCAGUUUUGGGAGGUAGGGGUGGCGCGGAGGACCACCAUCAGACUACAGAAUGGUGGUCCGGUGUCCUCUUGCUAUUUAGCGCCGGUACUUUUCUAUUCGUAGCGAUGCAUGCGAUGCAGGAAAUCGCGGGCGGUGGUCACAACCAUGGUACAGGGUCGCAUGGCCACGAGCUCAGGAUGCAGGACAUAGACACUGCUCCAAGCGACGAUGAGGACAAAAUGCAAAACUCGCUCUUGACUGUUGUCGGGAUGUUGGCACCCUUGAUCACUUAUCUCGGGCCACAUCAUGCGCACUAA